AUGGUGGUGUUUGAAGCACGCCAGAAGGUGUACGCGACCCUGCACGGCACCUUCCAUGCCGCCAUCGUGCAGGAGGUGGCGCAGGAUGCCGUGACGGGGCAGUACCUCUACUACGUGCACUACGUCGAGCAGGACAGCCGCAUGGACUGCUGGCUGCCGGCCACUGAGCUAAAGGAGCGGCGGCAGGGGCGGCAGUCGAGCAAGCAACAGGCCAACAAGCCAAGCGGAGGUGGCAUCACGACACGCGGCCAGAGCCGUCUCGUCGCGGAGCAGGACGAGGAGGUCCCGCGGAGCCCCGCCACGCCGGCCUCGUCGGCGAAGCGCAGCAAUGUGCAGAACUGCGUCAAGGUGUCGACGAUGCGGGCGCGCAAAGACAGCUCCUUCUUCUGCCGCGCAAAGAACAUCCACGCCAUCUGCAUGGGGCCGCACGAGGUGGAGGCGUGGUACUUCUCGCCCUACCACCUCGCCCGUCCGCAGGUGCAGCAGGCACUGAAGCAAAAUGCGGAGCUCUUUGCGGGGGACACAGAGCUGCAACUGCGUCAGGGCGACAACGGUAGUGCGUUUCGACCUUUCAUUGCUCCAACAUCGUUCGUGCUGCACAUCUGUCCCUUUUGUCUGCAUCCCUUCACUUCGCACGACGAUGUGGUGCGCCACCUGCGCCUCGCAUGCCUACGCUACCCGCCGGGUAACGAGAUUUACCGCGACCCUGUGCGGCAGCUCGUCGUGCUGGAGAUGGAUGCGAUGGUUGAGCCUGUCUUCUGUGAGCACCUCGCUCUUUUGUCUAAACUGUUCCUUGAGCACAAGGCGCUUGAUCACGACAUGACGCCGUUCCUAUUCUACGUGCUCUGCGCAGUGCAGCCGCACGGGUUGGAAGUACUGGGAUACUUCAGCAAGGAGAAGCAGUCACCGGAGAUGUAUAACCUCUCCUGCAUUCUUGUGUUGCCGCAGUUCCAGAGCCGCGGGAUUGGGCGCUUCCUCAUUGAGCUCAGCUACGAGCUCUCACGGCGUGAGGGAAAGAUUGGCUCGCCGGAGAAGCCGCUGAGCGAUCUCGGUGAAAAACUAUACUUGGGCUACUGGGGCGACACCAUUGUCUCCGCCCUGGCACACGCCAUGGAGGAGAGCCACUGCGUUACGCUUGACUACCUCGUGCAGGCAACGUUCAUGUCGCAAGCGGACGUGGCGCGGACGCUACAGUACCUGAAGCUUAUCAACGGCACACAAAUCAUCGUGUCGGAGGAAAGCAUCGAGCGCUGCUACUCGAAGCGCCUGCGCCGGGAGAGGAGCGGGCAGAAUUACAUCUUUUAUCCACACCUGCUGAGCUGGAGUCCGCACAUGUACUACGAGUUGAAGGAGCAGGAUAUCUCACCGCCCAUCUAUGUGACGAGGGGUGAGGCGGCGGAGCAAGACGAUGGGGCUAAGCGACGGCGUAUCCGUUAG